CAGCCGGCGAGGAGGGAGCGAGAGCGCUGCCGCGACUGGCCGCAAGGGGCGCUGCUGUCUCCGCGGGAGCAGGGCGGGCCAGGACUGCGGUGCCCCGGGGCAGAGCGCGAGGGACCGGGGUGGCGGCGGCGGUGGUGCCCUGAAGCCCGGCCAGGAGGAGGGCGCUUGUUUGCUCAGCGGCUGCCCCCGCUCUUCUUCCCGGCCCGGGGAAGGCUGGGCAAACAGCGCACGUGCGGGGAGGGGAGGAAGAGCCGCGGCUUGAAAAGCCACCCCGUGCUUGGUGCAGCCCCGGGAGCAGCAGCGCCUUACCCCGGGAGAGCAAGCAUCGGUUGCAGCUGCCAUUGCAACGCGCUUUCCGCUUCGCCGCCUGCCCGCUGCGAGGCACUUUCCCCGCUCUGAGCCAGGAGGCCGCUGGGGGGCUCGGCGUAUUUUUAACUUUGCCCGACCGGCGACGAGCCCCGGUGCAGUGGCCAAGUUUGGAGCCGGAGCGCUGCGCUUGCGAGCCCUCCCCCGCCGGGAUGGGCGGCUUGGCUCCGGCUCGCCGUGCUUCGCCUCCAGCCGUCCCCCCGCAGGGUGUGCAGGGCCGACGCUGGUGAAGGGGCCAGCCGCCGGGCCGGUUUGCGCGGGGCAAGCAUGGGGGGCAACCUGGGCUGUCACCGCUCCAUUCCCCGGGACCCGUCGGACUUGUGCCCCAGCCGCAAGUUCAGCGCGGCGUGCAACUUCAGCAACAUCCUGGUCAACCAGGAGCGGCUGAACAUCAACACGGCCACCGAGGAGGAGCUGAUGACCCUCCCGGGGGUCACCCGCACGGUGGCCCAGAACAUCGUGGAGUACCGUGAGUACAUCGGGGGCUUCAAGAAGGUGGAGGACCUGGCUCUGGUCAGCGGGGUCGGGGCGGCCAAGCUGGAGCAGGUCAAGUUUGAGAUUUGCGUCAGCAGCAAGGGCAACUCGGCCCAGCACUCGCCCAGCUCCCUGCGCAAGGACCAGAACCUGGACCACCUGUCCGCGGCCAAGAUCAACAUCAACACGGCCACCUGCGCCCAGCUGAUGAGCAUCCGCGGGGUCACCGAGAAGAUCGCCCAGGGCAUCGCCGACUACCGCAAAGCCCACGGGCCGUUCAAGAGCAUCGACGACCUGGUCAGGGUGGACGGCGUCAACUCCUCGUUUCUGGACCGGAUCCGGCACCAGAUCUUCGCGGAGCGGUCGAGGCCCCCGUCCACCAACACCAACGGGGGUCUCAACUUCACGGUCAAGCCUCACCCCAGCCCCACCUCCCUCAGCCUCCAGAGUGAGGAUUUGGAUUUGCCACCUGGGGGCCCCACUCAGAUUAUCUCCACCCGGCCCACCGUGGAAAUGUUUGGGGGGAUGAGAGAGGGGAAGCCCGUCCUGAGGGUGGCCACUUGGAACCUGCAGGGUUGCUCUGUUGAGAAAGCCAACAACCCCGGAGUGCGUGAGGUCGUGUGCAUGACCAUUCUGGAGAACAGCAUCAAGCUUUUGGCUGUCCAGGAGUUGGUUGACAGAGAUGCACUGGAAAAGUUUUGCAUGGAGUUAAAUCAGCCAACUCUGCCGAAUAUUCGCAAGUGGAGAGGCCCACGAGGGUGCUGGAAAGGAGUUACUUCUGAGAAGGUCUCAGGCGAACCCCAAAAGGGUGUGGAAUAUUUGGGCUUCUUGUGGGAUGUGACUGCAGGUGUAGAGUUGAAGGAUGCCACCACAUAUGAGAACUCGCACACAAAUGGGAAUGGGAGGCAGACGUACCCUCAACCUUAUGUUGCACACUUCAAGGUGGGGAUGAAUGACCUCACACUGGUUAACAUUCAUCUGGCCCCUUUGCUCUCAACGGGGGACAAUGCUGUGAAAAACCACAAUAGCCACAAACUAGCAGCUUUUGCACAGACUCUACAGGAAACACUGAAAGGAGAAAAAGAGGUGAUCAUUUUAGGAUACUUCAGUCAAGCUCCUGACAGCAGCGACUGUGACCUGUUGAGGAAGGAGAAGUUCCACCAUCUGGUCCCCGCCAAUACGUUUACAAACAUCAGCACAAAGAACCCUCAGGGGUCGAAGUCACUGGACAACAUCUGGAUCAGUCGUAGCUUGAAAAAGAUUUUCACUGGUUAUUGGGCAGUGGUCAGAGAAGGUCUCACUAACCCCUGGAUCCCUGACAACUGGUCAUGGGGUGGAGUAGCCUCAAGCCAUUGCCCAGUGUUAGCUGAAUUCUACAUGGAAAGAGACUGGAGCCGAAAGGAAGCAAUUCGAAAUGGCAACGGGGUGACGGUGGAACGUAGCGACUCUAAUACGAAACACGAGCGAUGAUGGUCCGCACGGCCAGACCUUCAUUCUCAUGCCUGGAAGGAAUGGUGGAAAGACCUGACUGUGAACCAGAACUGCCUUUUUUUCUCAUUUAAAAAAGAAUCGGCUUCUGCUUUUAACAUCUUCCUUUCCCAUCCUCCCUGCUCUGCGCCCCUCUGUGAAUGUUUGAGGGUGUCUUAUUGCCAUAGAAUGGUUUGUGAUUUUUUUUAAAAUGGAGACAUGGUGGACACUUCUGUGCUUGGAUAACUGCAAAUAAAAUGCACUUUUUAAUACUGUAA